UUUCGCGUCGUAGGUAUGAAAUUUGCUCCGAGCGUGGUACAUAUUUUCGUAUUAUUUAUAGAAAGUAAACCGGCGCGAGUGUGCGCGCGCACACGGUCCGGCGCGCACGGGCCGAGAGGACUGGAGUCCAUGGAGCCCCCGUCGUUUCCCAGCAGCAGCCCCCACGUCGUCAGGGCGGCCCCCGGCAGCGACGCCAGCCUCGUCCUCCCGCUGCCCUCCGGGUCACCACCAUUUCACUACGAAUGGAGUCGCGCGGGAGCUAAGUUAGACGACCGUUUCAAGAAGGCGGUCGACGCAGGCGGUGUCCGCCUCACCAUCUCCGCUGCAAGGACCGGAGACACCGGUGUUUACACCCUGCAAGCAAGCAAUGCUGCAGGUAAAGAUACGACCCGGGUGCGGCUGGAAGUUUCCCCGGACGAAAAGCCGACUGGUGACGAUCCGCCAACGUUCCUUCGGCGACUACAGGACCUGACCGUGAAGGUUGGAACACGGACAAGGUUUCUUGUUGAAAUUGUUAGCUCUACAGAAUGCAGGGUGACUUGGUACCGCAACGAGCGUCGGCUUUUAGAAGCGGAACGGAUCGCGUUGGUCCGCGAUGGCAACUUCUGGUGCGCGGACAUCUCGGCUGUGAGCGUCGACGACGCUGGACGGUGGACGUGCACCGCGGAGAACGUUGGCGGCCGCGCCAGCUGCUCAGCGCACCUUAAUGUUUUGGUUCCCAAGGCAUACAAACGUCCAGAGUUUGUUGAAGAGCUUCGGGCAUUAUUAACUGAACAGGGCACGGUUUCGCUAGAGUGCAAAGUGGUGGGGGUUCCUACACCUGUGCUUCGUUGGUUUAAGGAUAGUCGCGAAAUCAAAGCUGGAGAUGUUUUUGCAUUAACCGCUAACGCUGAAGAUCCAACGUCGCUGGGAACCUACACUUGUGAAGCUGUGAAUUGUAUGGGCCGAGCAUAUUCAUCAUCCAAAGUUCACGUCAUCGGUCGUAGCAGCAGGGAGUCUUCAGUGCGACCAACUUCGGGGGGCGUUGUCCUCGAGCCACCUCCAAUUUUCACCAAAGAGCUAGCCGACCAGUUCGUAAGGAUCUGCGAGUCCCUGACCCUCAGCUGUCACAUCGUGGUGCCACCUUGGCCGCGAACAGUCGUCUGGUAUAAUAAAGAAGGAAAAAUUGAACCAAACGACAAGUAUCGUGCUCAAGAAGAUGGCGUAGGCGGUUACUUAUUAGAAAUUCCAUCAGCAGAGUGGCAAGAUGAGGGCGAAUGGAAAUGUGUAGCUACGAGUUCGGGAGGCAGAAUUGGCAUCACCACUUGCUAUGUCUCUAUGGAUGUACCAAAGAACUAUCGCAAACCUCGAUUUAUGGAAAAUCUUCAAGCUGUUUUAACAGAAGAAGGACUUGUGUCCUUUGAAUGCAAGGUAGUUGGAUUUCCCACGCCCAUACUAAGCUGGUUCAAGGAUGGCCAGGAAUUAAAACCGGGAGAUGUGUACCAGCUCACGGGGACCAAUUCAUUAGGAUCUUAUUGUUGUAUAGCAAGAAAUUGUAUGGGACAAGCGAGCAGCUCUGCAGAACUGACAGUGGAGGAUAUUCAGAAUCAGUUAAAUGAGGAGGAAAAGUUGCAGUUAUUCUCUAAAAAUCAAGCACCCAAGUUUUUACAAGGCUUAAAGAGUGUUGAAGCCAAAAUAGAUGAACCAUUCCGUUUUACUAUUAAAGUUACCAUUCCGCCUGAACCAACAGUAUUAUGGUAUCGCGACGAUCAGCCAGUGGAUGAAUCGUCUCGUUGUCACCAUGGAAAAGAAGAACGUGGCGUUUUCUUUUUAGAUAUUCAAAGCUUAGAGUUUAUGGACCAAGCAGAGUGGAAGUGUGUUGCUAUGAAUGACUUUGGACAUAGUGUUACCUCUUGUUUCUUAAAACUUAUUAUACCGAGACAUUAUAAAAAACCGCGGUUUCUAGAAAACCUACAGGCAAUUUUAUCGGAUGAGGGAGCCGUUAAUUUGGAGUGUAAAGUUAUUGGUGUUCCGCAGCCAGUUCUUAAAUGGUACAAAGAUGGCGAAGAGUUAAAACCUGGUGAUAUACACAGAAUAAUAUCUGGACAAGAUGGAACGUGUUGUCUUGGUACGUAUACGUGCGAAGCACAAAAUUGUAUGGGGAUAGCAGCUAGCUCUGCAUCAUUGCUUGGAUUUGAAGAUUCCAUAAAAUCAAAAAGUAAAAAGAAUCUUGAAGAACAAACAUUACAAAGGAACUUGUCACUUAGUACAAUUCAUGAAGAAAGAACAUCACAGAUGUAUGAUACCCCUGUUGGGGACAUUACUUUGGAUGACAAAGGGGAAAUAUCAUUUUCAUUCGACGGUAAAGAAGUUUCCGUUUCACUAUAUGAAACUCCAGAUUUAACAGAAGAGGAAGCUUUACAGAUUGUGGAGAUGUAUGCUGAUCAAUUAUCAGAAAAUGUUACUGAACACAAUGUAGUUGAACUUCCUCCACUACGAUUUGUUAAGGAAACUUCAACUUCGGGUAACUUAUUAAUGGAAGCGAUAAUUAUUGACGUUUCUCCUGAAUACUUUACCUCGCCAGAAGAAGAUCUAAGGACUGAAGCAGAUGUUGAAGAUAUUUCUAUAGCUGACGAAAAUGGUCUACCUCAAUUAUCUCUGGACCAGGAAAUGGAUGCUGAAGAUUAUUUAGAAAAAACUAUAGCAAUACUAUCAGAUGAAAAAGUUAUUUUUCCAAAAAAGACAGAUAGAAAAAAAUCUGAUUCACAAAAAAGUGCAGAUGAUUACUUUAGUUUAUCUCGGGACCAAUCACUAUCUGAGGAAAAAAAAGAUGAUGAUACACAAGUCUUAUCUGAAAGUGACUUACAAAGUUUUGCCAGUGCUCGAAGCUCAGGUAAACCAAAGUCCAAGUCUUCAAAACCGUCUAUUGAAGAUGGUCCAGAGUCAUCAGAAAUUACAAAGACAGUUUUACUAAAUGAAGAUUUACAAAACUAUCGUAAACAAAUUGAAGUAGAUUCAGUUAUUAAAAAUAAACGAGAGCGCCGAAGUAGGAGUUCAAGAAGAUCCAGCUCUGGUAGCGAAAAAUCAUUAAGCAAGAUGAGAGAAGAACAUUUUGAAAAUAAUCUUGUAAAUAUUUCAAUUGAACCUUCUUUAGAUCGAGAAAACGCCAGCAAAGAUAUAAAUAAGAUCAGUUUGUCUUUAACUAAAGUAAUAAAUGAAAUACAGAUGAUUGAACGGGAUAUUAUACUCAAAUCUGAACUCAUGUCAACUGCUGCCACUGCAUCACGGAGUCUAGAGAUCAUAAAUAGUCUUAUAACGCCAUUGACGGAAAUACAUAGUAUUAUAGAAGCAAUUAAGGAGACAGUAAGCGAAUCACCUAUAACGACAUCAUCUUUAUUUAAUAGACUUCCUCAAUGCUUAGGUAUUCUUCACAAAAAUUUAACCAUAAUAGAAAAAUGCAUUGAUGUCGAAAGUGAAAAUAAAACGUUAGUAAAGAAGACGUGUACAAAUAUUAUUGGGAAAUGUGGCGAAGAACUUCUUAAUUUAGUAAGAGAAAUAAAUUUUACAGUGGAUAAAGGGCACUCGUUUCUGGAAGUGGAAUGUAUUUCUACUAUACAUACAAAUACCAAUGAAUUACUUAGUACUCUAACAAGUUCAAUAUCUGCAGUUAAAGAUAUUAAAAUAGCCUCAAAUGAAAUGGAUUCAAAUAUUGAUAAAACUACCCCAGAAUUGAAACAUUUACAAAAAACUCAAAAGGCAAUAUAUGAACUAAGAAAUCCUCUAAAAUCUCUUUUAUAUAUAGCUGAAGAGGUAGAUAUAAAUAGUUUUAUAGCUCCAGAACAUGUUACCAACAAUCAAGUUAUUCUAAAUGAUAUGUCUACACCUAUUCAAGACUUACAGAAUGCUUUAGAGCAAAUAGAACUUCUUUCGGUAUCAGAAAAUCAAUUAAGUUUACAAAAAUACAACACUGACAUCAUAGAAACUGUUAUGGACUCUGUCAUUAAGCUACGAACUUCGUUUGAACAACUCUCUGUCGAAGUUGGAACUACAGAUAACUUAGACAUAUUGAAAGACAUUUUAAUAACUAUAAAACAUAACAUUAAUGAAAUUUCUGCUCAUUUAGAUAUAUUUGAAGCUAAAAUAGGUCCAUUUAAUAUAUUACAUAGCGAAAAUAAAUUGGAAGCUCUCCAAAAAAUGGCUCAAAUUUUGAUUAAUUUGGAAAAUAACUUAAAUGAAAAAAAUAUAUUAGACACAACCCCAAGUUUUAAAAUGAAUAUGACCGAUUUCCAUAAAAAUUUAACGAAAGUUCUAGAGCACGUGAUCGAAAGUAAUGAUGCAAAGAAAUAUCUAACAUUUUUGGAAAUUUGCGAUGGGGUAAAUAGACUAAAUACUUUAAUAAAGAAUAUAGAUAUUAAAGAUGCCCUUUCAUUAACAGCUAUAAGUAAUAAUCUUAAAACAAUUCAAGCAAGUAUUCAAAAGAAUGAAUUCACACCAGAGUUAAACUUUUCAAUAAUAACGAACACUAAUGAUUUGUUAGCUAAUAUACAUGAAAAUGUAAAUCAUGCAGAUUCAUCAACCUACAGCGUAAUAUCAGAAAAUGCAGAAGAUUUAUCUAUCAAAUCUUUUGAAGAAGAAAAGUUGAAUAUUGUAUUACAACAGAUAGAAAAAGCUAUGAUUACUGUUAGUAAUGUAAUUUCCUUAGAAACAACAAAAGAUUUAGAGAUUAGCCACGCUUUAAAUAAAAUUAUUCCUACGCUGGCAGAAAUAAAGUGCUGUGUUGCUUCAUUAAAUGUAAAUAUAAUUGAUCAAGACGAUAAUAUAAGUGAUUUAAGUACCUUAACUUUUCCUCAAGCUGUGGCUAAUCCACUUUGCGAACUAAAUCAUGGUAUUAGUGUGCUAAACCAAAUAAUUUGUGAAAAAGCUUCAGAUCUAUCCGAAAAAGAUCUACUUAGAGUGGAAUUACUGACACCUUUAAUAGAACUACGUCACGCAUUAGAAAUUUUACAACAAGAUGUUGUGUCACAAAUUAGUGAAAAUGUGAUCAAUCUUAAUAUUAGCAGUACUAUAGCAAAUGCAGUUCAAAGUGUUCAAAAUUGUAUAAUUAUGGUCCAAGAUCACGAUUUACUGGAAAAUGCUGAUGAACUGUCUACUUUGGAAGAUAUUUCUGCAAUUAAAACAACUGCAGAUAUACUACACAAUGAUUAUUUUAUACCUAAUGUAGAAGAAAUAAAUACUACAAUUGAUGCUGAAAUUGUGCCGUCUAUUUUGUUUAAAACCCUUGAAAUAUUGGGUGAACAAAUGUCAACAUUGCAAAAGUCUGAAACACUGAAAACACUUACUACAAUUUCCGAGCAUGCUGAACUUUCUUAUAUUAAGUCUUUUAUCUCAAAAUUGGAUUAUGUGCAUAAUGCUAUAGAAACAAUAUCUGCCAAUCCCAAUAUAAACGAUGAGUCACAAAAAGUAACGAAUUUUACCAAUUUUGUUCAACUAUUAAAGAUAAUUCAGCCAUUACAAGAACUUUAUCAAUGUUUAUUGAAUAUUGAGUUAGGUAAUAUAACGGUAAAAGACACGACACAAAAGGAACAAAUUAAAGAAUGGACAGAAAAUAUAUCAAACUUUGAAAACUGUUUACGUAACUUUUUAGAUAAUAUUAACUUAGCAGUUGAAACAGCCAAUGUUACUUUGGAAAUAUCUACUGAAGUAAGUACGGCGCGAGAAAAUUGUAUAGAGUUAAAAAAUAAUAUGUUAAAUACAUUUAAAACCGAUGUUCUGAUGGAUGGAUCCCAAUUACUUGUGCUAGAAAAAAGUGUGAAUAAUGUUUUAGAUACAUUAAGUUUAUCUCAAGAACUAGAUAUUUCACAAAUAAAACUGAGUUUAGAAAAUCUGCAACAUAAUAUUAUAACAGUGCAAGAUGAUAUAUUGGGAUAUGCAGUAGAAAAUCCAAUUGUCUUACAUAACGAAAUUCAAAUUUUAAAAUCUAUUGAUGAUUUUGAAAAAUCCAUUUCUUCUUUAGCGAAACUUCAAUUUCUUGAUAUUAUACAAGAUUCCAAUUAUAGUAAAGUAAGACUUGAGCAAUUAAAUAAAGUACAGAAAGUCAUAGAAGUUAUUUCAAAUUAUGCUCAAAACUCAUCCCAAGAUAUGCCAAAUAGGGAAGAAUUUGUUAAAACAUUUACUAAUGAAUUAACAUUGUUGUCUUGUUUGUUACAACAAAAACAUACACCUAAACGAAUAAUAAAAAUGGUUCAGAUAUAUUACGACUUAUGUCAGAAUUGGAGACAAUUCCAAUUACAUGAAAAAAAUUCUCGUAUGUUUGAUGAAGACUUUAAUGAAUGGCUAGUGAACUCAGAAGAUUGUUUGAAAAAUAUUCAGACGUUGCUUAUUGAACUUAUAGAAAGCCAAUCCCAAGCUAUUUUUGAUAUUCCAAUAUCAAAUAUAAACAAUUUAGAAAUAUUUUUUAAUAAACAUAUAGAAUUAAAUGAAAUGAAAACUGAAAAUUUAUUUGACUCCGUGAAUUUUUUUAUUAACACCAUAAGAUCAAUUAAACCUUGGUUUGAAACAGUUAAAGAUGAUCUAAUAAAAGAAUUGAAACAUGGUGACAUUAAUUUAAGCAUGGAAUAUGAUGUUAAUAAACAUUUCAACUUGAUUUAUAGAUUUAUAUCUGAACAAAUAGAUAAAUGCAACACAUUGGAAGAAGAGUUUGAAACUAUAUUUAGAGUGAUUAAAAAUCAUUCAGAUUGUGAACGUGUAAAUGGCACCACUAAAAAAGUUAUUUUUAUAAAAUGUCUCUCUGAAUGUUUAAGUGUGUUAAAACAAACAAUCAUAGACAGUAUACCAAGUAUUAAAGACGAAAAACUUAUAUUAAACGAUAAUGAUUUUAUUAACAUUUUGAUGGAAAUAGCUGCAUCUUUCGAAAGUGUUCAUGGACAAAUAAUAAAAAUUUGUAGCCUAAAUUUACAAAAUUUGGAUGAAAAGCAUGUAUUAAAAGAGUUAAGUGAGGUAGAUUCACAUUUAGAAACAAUUAAUAAAAUUAAAGUGACAACUGAAAAUUAUUUGAAAAGCGAAAACAUGCCUAUAAAAAAUAAUUAUGCUUUAACAUUAACAAAUGAAAUUCUAAGUAAAAUACAUUUGAUUCAAAAGAACUUACAAAAUUUAGGAUGUAUUUACGAAUCUAUGCAUAUGAUUAUUAAUACUCAACCUAUAAGUGAUAUAGAAAACAUACUUACAACUAUAUUAUCAGCUGAAGUUACUGAAGAAGAAAAAAGACACCUUAAGGAGAAAACCGAAUCACUGCUACAACAUAUGGAGCACUACAUCGAAAUAAUAGAAAUUGUAGAAGAAGUAUCUGCAGUUAUUAAGUUAGAUGACUUUAAAAAGUCAGCCGAUAUAGUACGAGAACUCCGGGAAACUAUUACCUCGGAAUCGUCUUCUGAUGUAAAUUUGUCUGAUGCAGAAAUUAAAAAAGAACAAAUACAACUAGUACAAAACUUACAAAAAGCGUUAACAACAUUGCAAAUUGAAGCUUUUGAUCGUGAACAAGAAUUAGCAGCACCAAUAAUAGACGAUAUGCGACAGCAAAUAAUUGAAGUAGUUUCUGAUUUGCAAAACGAUUUGGUCGCAUUGUCUAGCAAUUAUGUUGUACUAGAAAAUUCCGAGUCUUUGGCAGCAGUUGAAAUUAAAGAUGCUCAAUUGGACAUUAAAAGUAAUGAAGUUCGUGUGGAUACAACAGAAGAACCAAAGUCUAUAAUGCAUGCCCAGUCGCACAUUGAAUGUCAUGAAGUUUGUGUGGAUAAAACUGUAGAACCAAAGUCUGUAAUUGAUGCCCAACCGAACAUUGAAAGUCAUGAAGUUUGUGUGGAUAAAACUGAAGAACCCAAGUCUACAAUAGAUGCUCAACCUAGCAUUGAAAGUGCUGAAGUUUGUGAGGAUAAAACUGAAGAACCUAAGUUUACUGUGGAUGCCCAACCAAUCAUUGAAAGUCAUGAAAUUAGUGUGGAUAAAACUGAAGAACCAAAGUCUACAAUGGAUGCUCAACCAAACAUUGAAAGUGCUGAAGUUUGUGUGGAUAAAACAGAAGAACCAAAAUCUAUAAUGGAUGUCCAACCAAUCAUUGAAAGUCAUGAAGUUUGCGUGGAUAAAACUGAAGAACCCAAUUCUACAAUAGAUGUUCAACCUAGCAUUGAAAGUGCUGAAGUUUGUGUGGAUAAAACUGAAGAACCUAAGUCUACUGUGGAUGCCCAACCAAUCAUUGAAAGUCAUGAAAUUAGUGUGGAUAAAACUGAAGAACCAAAGUCUACAAUGGAUUCUCAACCAAACAUUGAAAGUGCUGAAGUUCGUGUGUAUAAAACAGAAGAACCAAAAUCUAUAAUGGAUGUCCAACCAAUCAUUGAAAGUCAUGAAGUUUGUGUGGAUAAAACUGAAGAAUCCAAUUCUACAAUAGAUGCUCAACCUAGCAUUGAAAGUGCUGAAGUUUGUGUGGAUAAAACUGAAGAACCUAAGUCUACUGUGGAUGCCCAACCAAUCAUUGAAAGUCAUGAAAUUAAUGUGGAUAAAACUGAAGAACCAAAGUCUACAAUGGAUGCUCAACCAAAUAUUGAAAGUGCUGAAGUUCGUGUAGAUAAAACUGAAGUACCUAAAUCUAUAAUGGAUGCCCAAACAAACAUUGAAAGUGAUAAAAUUUGUGUGGAUAAAACUGAAGAACUUAUUUCUACAAUGGAUUCCCAACCAAACACCGAAAGAGUUGAAGUUUGUGAGGAUAAAACUGAAGGACCUAAGUCUACUAUAGAUGCCCAACCAAUUAUUGAAAGUCAUGAAGUUAAUGUGGAUAAAACUAAAGAAUCCAAGUUUACAAUGGAUGCUCAACCAAAUAUUGAAAGUGCUGAAGUUUGUGUGGAUAAAACUGAAGAACCUAAAUCUACAAUAGAUACCCAAACAAACAUUGAAAGUGUUGAAGUUUGUGUGUAUAAAACCGAAGAACCUAAAUCUGUAAUGGAUGUCCAACCAAUCAUAGAAAGUCAUGAAGUUUGUUUGGAUAAAACUGAAGAAACCAAGUCUACAAUGGAUACUCAACCAAACAUUGAAAGUGCUGAAGUUUGUGUUGAUAAAACUGAGGAACCUAAAUCUAUAAUGGGUGUCAAACCAAAAAUUGAAAGUCAUGAAAUUUGUGUGGAUAAAACUGACGAACCUAUUUCUACAAUAGAUGCUCAACCAAACGUCGAAAGUUUAGAAGUUUGUGAGGAUAAAACUGAAUCACCUACAAUCGAUGCCCAACCGAACACUGAAACUCUUGAAGUUAGUGAAGACAAUAAGCAAUCAAUAUGUACUCAUGGUGUUAAAGAAGUAACAGACAUGAAGACUGAUAUAGAAUUCUCGAAUUCUGAUAUUCACGACGAAUCAGUCGCAACCCUUAAAUCAAUAAAAGGUAUUAUGGAUGAAAAAUUGAGUACCAUACAAGAGUUAGAGUCUCUAUUGAAAGAAGUAAACGACAAUUUGUCUGAAAGAUACUGUUCAGAUAGUUACUGUGAAGAAUUACGAGAUUCUCUUGAACAAGUACAAUCUAUUAUAUUGAAGUUAAAAUGUGAGUUUGCAGGCUCCACCAACGACGUUCUGAAUGAAAAUAUUGAAGAUUUAGAAUGCAAUGUUAGAAGCGUUCAACUUCAAAUAAAUGAAAGUAGUCCUCCGGCACUUUUGAAAGAGGCUUGUGCUAAUUUGCAGUCUCUUGCAGCUUGUAUAAUUAACAUUUGUAAUACGCAAAGUAACUCAUUCGAAAUAACUUCAAAUAAUACACUCUGUGGUUGUACUAAUAAUGCAGAUGAAGCUAUAGAGUUACUAAAUGGAAUACCACAUCAUCACGAUGACAGUAAGCUAGAUACUAUAAUUUUAAACCUCAACACUAUAAGAGAUGCUAUGAAAUCUUUGAAGUCGAGUUUUUCGGAUGAUUCAACAACUGUUAUAGUUGAAGGUAUAGAAAUUUUGCAAAAUUUAGAUUUAGUUGAAGAUAAAGUUUUUGCUUUAGAGAAAGAGUUGGAAGCAAAAGUUUCAAUUAAUCUCACUUUCCGAGAUAAUAUAAUUGCAGCAAUCCAUUCAAUAUAUGGAAGUAUUUCAAAUAUGAGAGGCACAAUAUGUAUUAUUCAAAAGAAAUAUAUGUAUGAUAACUAUGGAUUGCCAACAGAUAAUUUUUUGAAAUCAAUCAAAAAUGUAAAACAUAUUUUACAUGUUGAUGAAAAUAGGGAUUGGGCACAAUUUUCAAAAUCACUUCGCAAAGUUUUAAAUCAUUUUGAAGAUAUAAAAUUUUACAUAAAUUUAGAUAAAACAGCUAGAAUACCCAGUGACUCCGCUUUCACGAAAAUUAUUCUUGGUGAAUUAAGCUCUGUACUGUCAGAAGUUGUUUUAAGAAAUAUAAAUAACUUAGAUAAUGAUUUAAAGGUUAUAGUUGAAGACGCUGUAAACCAUGUUAAUGAUGUUUUAAAUAAAAUGGAGAACAAAUCCACGUUAGAAGUUAAAGAUAAGAUACCAGUUUUUAAAGAGCUAUCUAUUAAAAUGAUUGAUUUAACAGAUCGUAUCAAAAUUGUACUGCAAAAAACUACAAAUAUUAUUCCUCAAAAGUUAUUAGUUUCAAAAGAUCAAGAGAAACAAGAGACAUUUGACAUAAAAAAUCCAAUAGAUGAAAAUAAAAUGAUAGAAGAGAACAAUACAGAUACGAACCAGUCCAAAUUAAAACUAUUGGAUACUGCUAGUGUGUGUACAGAAAAUAUAGAAUCAAUUAUUGACGAAAAUGAUAAAAUAAUCUAUACUGAAAGUGAAAAAAAUCAGUCAGACAAAGAAAUCAUAAAUCAUGAGAUCACUACAAACAAAGAAGAUACUUUGAUUGACAAUACUGGUUAUGAAGAACCAGCCAAAGCAGAAACAGAAAUACAGUUUGAAACUAUUGAAAUAAAAAAUACUACAGAAAAAUUAAAUAAUGAAGAAAUUUUAUCUUCAUGUGCAAAAGAUGAUCUAACUAAUGAUACAACGUCUAAUAAAAAUAAACAAAAAUCUACAGAUGGGUUAAUUGAUGAGAAUGAGAUAAAUGACGAAGAAUUAGUUAAAAAGGUAAAGGAAAUUAGUGAAAAAGAAGAUGAAACAAACAAAGAUAAGCUUACAGUUGAAAAAAUAGAUUGUCAUAUGCUUAACGUGGAAGUGAGUCAAGAUAUUGUAAAAUCAAACCAAACUUUAUUGAAACAGCCUGCGGAAGAUCUACCGUAUUUAGGAGAAAAUAGUGUCAUAGUUGAAGACUCGACUCAAUCUGUGGACGUGAAAUUAGAAGAAGCAAACAAAGAAAAUGUUGCUGGUAAAGACUUUCAAAAAGAGAUUAAUGACACCUCUUUGCAACAUCAAAUUGAGGAAAUCGCUUCACUGGAUUUAUUACAGAAAAAAGAACAAGAAGAAAUUGAUGUUAAGGCUACAACAGCUCAAAUAGAAAAUGCUAAAUUCGAAGUAAUACAACAAAAGGAGGAAUAUGAAGUUAAUUCGUUAUCAGAGUUAAGUUCUGAACUUGAAAGGAACAAUAAUAAUAUAAUGCAAACGAUUUUGGAAAAUAGGAUGGCAGAAACCUUAGUAAAUACUCAAAAUGAACCUUUUCUUGAAAAUAUAGCAGUAGUUAAUGAAUUAUUUGAACAACAACAAAGUGAGAUGCAUAUAAAAGAGGCUGCUGAUAAAAAUGAUAGUUUUACUGGUACUAUUCCAUCAUUAGAAGGUAUUGAAGAAACAUAUGCUAAACAGAACGUAUCAACGGUGACCCAGAGGUCUAUUGAAAAUAAGGAAAUACAAAACGAAAAAACACGUAACGAAGAUUCAAAUCACAAAGAGAAGGAAAUUUGUUUAGAACACAAACAAGUUGAAAUAAAUGACAAAAUUAUUCAAGAACAUGUGGACGUAGUUAACAUAAAACAGGAAACUAUUUUAUUACAAUUAAAGACUGAUAACGACAAUGAAAGUCGAAAUCAACGAGAAGCAAGUGCAGAAAAUGCUGGUAAGGAAGAUGAAGAGAUUUUCAUUAAGAAAGCUAUUUCAGAUAAAAAUUUGGUAAAUAUAGAUGAUAGAGAUAAAGCAAAAAUGAUAAAUUUACCUGAGCACAAAAUUGAAAGUAGUCUUCCUGAUAAAAAGAUAACAGAAAAUAAAGGCCAAACUGAAAAAGCAAUGCAAGACAAAAAAAGUCACUUUAAAAAAGAAGAUGAGAGUAUUAUACGUAAACAAGUUGAUAGUAAAAUUGAAACAAAGGAAGUUGAUUGUAAUAUUACUGAUGAAAAUAUAAAGAUAAAGGGAAAUAAUGCAAAGGCUAAAGAGACGAUUACUCAAGUAGAACCGUAUCUAAAGACAGAAGGUGAAAUUGUUGUUCGUACACAGGAUGUUGAAAAAAUAGAAACGAAAGAAGUUGAUAGUAAUCUUACACAUAUUAAAUUGAAAAAUGCAGACAUUGAAGACAAUGGUGAAGAAAUAAUUACAGAUGAAAAUGAUGAACGAUAUCUUAAAAAAGAACAUGAAAGUAUUAUUAACACUCUUGAUGACGAAAAGUUAAAGAAAAACAAAACCGAAACCAAUUAUGAUAAGAAGAUUGCAGAUAAACAAGUAGAGCAGUAUCAGAAAGAAGAAGGUGAAACUUAUAUACCUGCACGGCAAGAUGAAGUAAUGAAAGAAAAGGAUAGUAUUAUUUCUAAUAAAAAAUCUGAUGAAGUUAAAGAAAAUAUUACAGACGAAAACGAAAAAAAAAACCUAAAAAAAGAUGACAGUAAGGAAAAGUAUAAACAAGAAGAACAGAGUAUAAUUAUUGAAGAAAAAGAAACUCUUAGUGAUAUUAGCGAGAAAGAAAUGAAGAAAAAAGACGCUAAGGCUGAGACAAAGAUUGCAGGUGAAACUAUAAAACAGUAUCUUAAGAAAGAUGAUGAAAGGGAAGCUGAUAAUAAAAUUACUGAUGGAACGUUUAAGAAACCGGAAAAUGAAGGUAACGCUGAGGAAAAGUUGUCAAGUAAAGAAAUGGAUCAUUAUCUAGAGAAAAAAGUUGAAAAUUCAAAGAAAAUGGAAAUUGAUGCUAUGUAUGAAGAGAAGAUUGUGGAGAAACAAGUAGAACAUGAUAAUGUAACUGAUAAGAAAUUGAAGAUAGCAGUAAAUGAAGGUAAUGCUGAUGAAAUGAUUGCACAUGGAAGCCAGGCUAAAGCAAAGAUUGUAGAUAGAGAAAAAGAACAGAAUAUUGAAGAAGCGGAUAAAACGAUUUUAAGUAAACACGAUGAUAAAAAAAUGGAAACUGAGGAGACUGACAGUAUGCUUAUUGAUGAAAAGUUAAAGAAAGAAGAAAAUGUUAAAGAAAAGAUGUCUGAUAAAGAAACCGAACAUUAUCUUAGGAAAGAAGAUAUAAAUGUUGAUCAUACACAAGAUUAUAUUAAAAUUGAAACAAACGACACUGAUUUGAACACUGAUGAACGAACGAGUACAAAGUUACAGAAAUCAGAAAAAACACAGUGUCUUAAGAAAGAAGACGAAAGUAUACAAAAUAAUAUUAAAAUUGAAAAAAAGGAACCUGAAAGUAAUUUUGUUGAUGAACUUUCUAAGAAAGGGAAAACUGAAAGCAUAUCAAAAGAAAAGUUGGCAGAAGAAGUGACGCCGAUCCUAGAGAAACAGAAUGAAUGUGUCAUACGGGUUGAUGAAAAACUUGAAACAAAAGAAAAUGAUUAUAAUGUUGAAAAGUUAAAGAAAACAGAAAAAGAAACCAUGGCUGAAGAAAAGACGGCAGAUAAAAAAGAAGAACAGUAUAUCAAAAAAGAAGAUAACAGUGUUAAUUCUUCACGAAAUGAUUAUAAAAUUGAAACACUUAUACCUGGUAGCAAUAUUACUGACGAAAAGUUAAAGAAAAAUGAUAUUGAAGAGAAGACUGAGGAAAAAAAUACAGAUAUUAAAUUGGAACCGUGUCUUAUAAUAGAAGAUAAAUAUGUUGAUCAUACACAGCAAAGUGUAAAAAUAGAAACUCAUGAAAAAGAUACUCAUUUAACUAGUGAAAAAUUAAACAAAACAGAAAAUAAAGACAAACCAACACAAAUUAUUGCAGAUAGUGAAAUGAAACAGUAUAUAAAAAUGGAAGAUGAAAGAACUUUUAAUACAAUAAAUGAUAGUAAAGUUGAAUCAAAAGAUACCGAUAGUAAUGACGGCAAGUUAAACAAAACUGAAAAUGAAAACAAGACUAAAGAAUUUAAUACAGAUAAUAAAGUUGAACAGCACUUAAAAAAAGAAGACGAAAUUAUAGCAUUUACAAUGAAUAAUAUUAAAAUUGGGAAAAAAGAAACCGAUAGUAAUAAAAUUGAUACAAAAUUAAUUGAUUUGGAAGCACAAGGCAAACCUAAAGAACAGAUGGUAGAUGAAGAAGUAAUACAGUAUUGUGAAAUAGAGGAUGAAAGUGUCACACGUAAAUCGGUAGAUGAAAAAAUUGAAAUUAAGGAAACGGACACUAAUCUUACUGUUGAAAAGUUAAAGAAAUCAGAUAAGAAUAGGAAAGCUAAAGAAAAGAAAGCAGAUAAAAAAGAAAAACAGUACCUCACAAAAGAAGAUGAAACUGUUAAGUCCACACGGACUGAUGUUAAAACUGAAACACACAAAUCUGAUAGCAACAUUGUUGAAGAAAAUUUAAAGAAAACUGAAAAUAAAGGUAAGGUUGAUGUAAAAAUUACAGAUAAGAAAUUAGAACAGAGUUUUAUAAAAGAAGAUGAAAAUGUUGAUCUUAUACCAGAAAGCGAAAAAAUAGAAAAAAAGGAAACUGAAACUCAUUUCACUAGUGAUAAAUCAAAUGAAAAAGAAGAUAAGGCUUUAGAAAAGAUUGCAGACCGUGAAAUUAAACAGCAUAUCAAACAAGAAGAUGAUAUAGAUGAUAAUAGGAGGGAUGAUGUUAAAAUUGAAACAAAGGAUACCGUCAGUAAUGUGACUGACAACAAGUUACAAAAAACAGAAAAUGUAAGAAAGGUUGAAGAAAUAGCUGUAGAGAAGAAAGAAGACGAAAGUUUUACGUGUAUACGGAAUAGUAUGAGAAAUGAAACACAGGAAACAGGAAUUAGUUUUGCUGAUGGAAAGCCGACUGAAAAAGAAAAUAAGAUCAAGUUUGAAGAAAACGUUGCAGAUAGACAAGAAGAUAGAGAACAGAAACUUAAGAAAGAAGAUGAAAACGUUAUGUUUACACGGGUUAGCAACGAAAGUACCGCGCAGGAAGGAAAGGCGAAAGGUCAAAAGAAUGAAGAUGAGACAAAUAUAUUCGAACGAGAUGACGAGAAAAUAGAAAAUAAUGUUAAUGUAAAAGCUGGAACUUUAAGAAAGACAAAGAAAAAAGAAAGAAAAAUUAAAACCGAAGAAAAAAACUGCGAUAUAAAAAUUUCUGAAACGGAUAUUUGUGCUGAUGAAUCACAAAUUUCUAUUAUUGCUAAAACUGAUAUUAUUGAGACAGCCAUAAAGAAACCAAACGAUGAAUUGAAUAUAGAUUUAAUGAAGAAAACUGAAAAUAUUACCCAAGAAAACCUAAUUCAGCAAAACAUCCAUGGUUUAGAAACAAAAGAGUACACGACUAAGUUGACAGAUGAAAAAGUUGAACAAAUACUACUGCCGUCUGAAACACAUAAUCCGUCUAUCAUAGAAGUUAAGCAACGCCCGUUAUUUAUUGACCGCAGUGAUCCAGAUUACGAAUUAGACUUUUUUAGACCUUCUGGGUAUACUUCUAAAUCAUAUGACGUAGAUAAUUCACUGUUGGAAUGUAAAACAUCUAGUAAAGCCCCCGCAGUAUAUAAAGCCCAAACCCUUGUUCAUGAGGCACAACAUAAAUCUUCUGUGCCGCCGUAUAUUGAUCAACGAUCAACUAUUUCGGAAGGACGCGGUGAUUUAAAACACCGUUCAAAAGCCGUGAGUGAGACCAGAAGUGCAAUAUCAGAAAAACGUUCUAGUUUUCCUCGGGAUUCUAAAAGGAAACCAAUUUUUUCAACACAUUUAACAGAUCGUACUGCAGUAGAAAGUUCACGAGUAAAACUUACUUGCAGUAUAUUAUCAUCAACGGAUCCAGUUAUUUCAUGGUACAAAAAUGGUAAAUUAUUAGAUAAUAAACAGAAAUGUAGAACUAAAUAUGUAGAUGGCUUAAUAACUUUGGAAAUUCUUAAUGUGGUUCCGGGUGAUUCUGGUGAAUAUAGUUGCACAGUUGAAAAUGAAAAUGGAUCUAUUACAUCAUCUGCUAAUUUAAAAGUCUAUCCAGGCUUCGAGACUUCUCCUAUACCACCAACAUUCACGCGUUCUAUUCGUGAUUUUUAUCAUUUACAUGAAAAUGAGUUAGUGCUUGAAUGCCGGAUUCGAGGACAACCACUACCAAAAAUAACUUGGCUAAAGGAUAAUAGACCAAUCAUAUUAAAUGAGCGAUAUCAAGCACACUAUUUAGCGGAUGGCGUUUGCAGGUUAACUAUUAUCUCGCCAAAUGAAGACGAUUCUGGAAAAUAUACAUGUAAAGCUGAAAAUUCCAUGUGGUCUGAUCAAAUUACACAUGAAGUCCACUUUACUAAUAAGGAACGUUGUCACAUUAGAAACAUUACAACGAUGGAAAAUAUAAGCAUGAGUCGGCAAGCAACUGAAUCACGGCGUCCUCAUUUCACAAAUGUUUUAUCAGACCACAAAGUAGUUAGUGGUGGUACUAUAGGAUUGCAAGUGGAAAUAAGUGGUUCUCCUACCAGAGUAGAAUGGUUGCGUGAAGGGCGAUCGAUAACUGAGACUUACACAAAUGCACAAACGUAUAUUGAUCAUGAUUUAUAUACUUUAGCUCUAUCUAACGUAACAGAAAAAGAAUCAGGCCUUUAUACAUGUAGGGCUUGGAGUACUCAUGGGAAUGUUGAUAUGAAUGCUUCUGUAAUAGUUGUUCAACCAAAUGAAUUUGAAGGAAAACCAGCGACAAUUAUUAGUAGACCAGCUAAAGAUUUACUUAUAUCUGUUGGUGAAGAUCUUAAUAUUUCAUUUAGAGUGCAAGGGGAACCGAAACCAAAAGUUUUCUUUAUGAAAGGAAUACGAGAUAUUACUACUAGUCAGCGAGUUUGUAAAAUGACUUCUGAUGAUUACGUGAAAUUCACAUUGAAGAGAUCUGUAGUCUCUGAUGCUGGCACAUAUUGCGUUUUUGCGAGAAAUGCAUAUGGUUGUGAUAGAGCAUUUGUAACAGUAGUGAUCAGGCAACGUGCUUCUUCUGAAAAUCUUAUAUCUGAUUGGACUUACCCGAUGGAUGAUUUAGUCGUUUCAGUCGUUGACCGAAAUUACAAAUCUGUGCCCGAUCGUAUUCCAAGUGAGCCAAACACUGUGGAUGGUGGGAACAACUGGAUUUCACUUGCGUGGCUUAAACCAGAAUCUCAAGGAAAAGCUCCUAUUCUUGCAUACAAAGUAGAAAGUUGGUUACUUGGCAAAGAAGGAGGUGCUCGAUGGACUGAAUUAGGAAUUACGCCUAGAAACUCAUUUGAUGCUUUUAACUUAAAACAAGGCGAAGAAUACCAUUUUAGAGUAACUCCAAGAAAUCGAUACGGCUGGGGAGAAUCUGUUCAGACUACCGUACCUAUUGGUAUUGGACUCGCUGGUGACCGACCAGAGUUUAUAGAGAUACUGCCGGGUCAACUUAAAGUACUAGUUGGUGAAACUGCAAAUUUGUGUUGUAGUUUUAAAGGCAACCCAAUGCCAGGAAUCGUAUGGAUGAAGAAUGGUCAUGAAGUCGAAGAAGAGACGGAAAGAGUCCGUAUACAAUUAAGUGGUAAUAAUACUUCCCUGCAAAUUAAUAAUAUAAACAUAGAAGAUGAAGGCAGGUACAGUUGUGAAGCUACAAACAUUCAUGGUCGUUCAUCUACAUAUUCAAGAAUGGCAGUUAUUACUGACAAGCAAAUCUGGGCAGCCGAUGUGAAACUUAAAAGAGAAAGAUCUGCCGGGGCAAACGGAGAAUAUCCACCACAGUUUACAAUGCGGUUAAGGGAUCGUCGUGUGCAAUGUACCUAUCCAGUUCGACUAACUUGUCAGGUUAUUGGAAGCCCUUCACCUACAGUAACAUGGUUUAAAAAUGGCGAAGAAGUAACAGAAGACUGUCGUCAUUCGACAUCUCAAGAUGAAUAUUUUCACACUUUGGAAAUUGCGCCCACUACUUUGGAUGACGGCGGUGUUUACGAAGCUAUGGCAAGAAAUGGAAGCGGAGCAAUCAGUUGUCGAUGCAACCUUGUGGUUGAUAAAGGCAUUAGGGCAUAUAUUGCACCUGAAUUUUGCUGUGGCUUUGAUCCACUCUACAGUGUAUGUGAAGGUGAUGAACUUAGAAUUUCAGCAAUCGUUGAAGCAUACCCGUCUGUCGGUGUAACUUGGUACCGAGAUGGUGUCAGACUUAGACCCAGUCGACGAGCAGUUAUGACAUUAGAUCGUGAUGGACAAAUUGAGUUGGCACUUGCGUCUGUAGCUACACGGGAUGCUGGUGUAUAUACAUGUACAGCAUCCAACGAAGUAGGAAGAGCUUCUACCUCCGGUAAGGUGGAAGUUGUUAGAGGAGAAUCCACGAGUGAAACUUCGAAAGUGCCACCAAUCGUUAUUAGCCCCGAUGUACCGUACUCAAAAGAGCCAAUGUUCAUAAGAAAACCAAGGUCCAGCGAGGCGCGUGAAGGAGAUACCGUUUUAUUGGAAUGUGAGGUCAUUGGCGAUCCUAAACCAGAGGUUUACUGGUUACGUGACUUUUUAAAGCCGGAUUAUUAUAGAGACGCUAGUCAUUUCAAGCGGGUCGGCGCAGGGCCUGGAUACCGGUUUGAAAUUCCUCACGCUAAGUUGGACUACACCGGCGCUUACUCUAUAGUAGCUAAAAAUGUACACGGAGAAGCAAAGGCGAUUAUAUCACUGCAAAUACUAGCUAAAGAUCUUACAUGCAGCGAUGAUUCGCAUAAUAUUCGAUACGGACGUGUAGAUGUGAUUCCGCGUUUCGAGAAAGAACUCACAGACAUGCUCUGCUACGACGGUGAUGCUAUUGAAUUCGAAUGUCGAAUAUCAGGAAACCCUGAGCCUGAUAUCAGAUGGUUCCAUUAUACAGAGGUCGUCCCGGAGUGUGGAGACUUCGAAACGUCCUUUGAUCAUGGUUCAGCACGACUCAAGAUAAAGCAAGUGACAGCAGAAGACGAGGGCACAUAUAUUUGUGAAGCUGCAAACAAUAUGGGAAAGGCCACUUCUAGUGCUUGCUUAGUUAUAUACCCUCCUGGCGAACCGAACACAUUAAGUCAAACGCUGCGCAGGCCGCCCGCACUCCUGUCUGCCGCCUCGACGCCGCGAUCCACACCGCGUACUACGCCUGCCAGGUCCCUCUCUAGGACACCAGGUCCGGAUCUCAGAAGACUUGGCAGUCCAUCUCGCGAAAUCGCUCCAAAGUUCUAUACUUAUCCAUACAACAAAGUAGUAGAAGAAGGUGAUACGGUAGUAUUCCAAUGUGCAGUGAAAGGACUUCCCCCGCCCUGGGCUACGUGGGACAAGGAUGGAAUAAUAAUAACUCCGACAGCUAGAAUCAGUAUUAGAGAAAAGGAUGAUAUGUUUAGAAUACUAGAAAUUGAGCAAGUCACUGUAGAAGAUGUAGGUCUCUAUAGAGUCACAUUGGAGAAUGACUAUGGUAGGGCAGAAGCAUCAGCGAGAUUGGACGUAAUAUCUCAGACAGGAAAAUUUCACGGCAGUAGAUCUUAUAGUGUUUCUCCUAGAAGAUGUCAGAGUUACAGAAGAAGAACGCCUUCUUUGACUAGAUAUGACUGACAAGGAAAAUAAAUACAUUCAUAUAAAAGCGGUGAGAUAAUAAGAGGUGACCAAGAAAGCACUGUUUAGAAUAAGAUGUAAUUAAUUAGUUAAAGAGGAGGCGGUAGCUGCAGCUGCCAAUAAUUUAUUUGGAUUUAUUUAUUUCAAUAAAUAGUUUCUUUGCAUUUUACGAGUAUCACUGUUAAAGUUGAUAUUAUUUAAAAUCUUAGUAUUUUCAGUACAUAUAAAAAAAAAUGUUAUUUAUAAAUAACGAGCAAUGGUAGUUAAUGUACUUAUUUAUUGCACAGUAGUAAUUCAGUAUACCGUUGGGUAAAGCUUAGUAGUUUGUUGUAUCGACGGAAUUUUCCGAGAUUACACCUAAGUAACGAUAUAUUUUUAGAAAGUCUGAUUUGCUCGCCCCUUGCCUUUUUAUAUAAUUUAUAAAGUGUUAAGGAAAGUUAUUAUUGCAAGCAUUCUUAGAUAGUUCUUCCAUUAUAUGACUUAAUUAUUUAAAAAUAUUUAACGAUUAUAUUGUUAUCGUACCAGUAAGAACGUAAUUUGUUUAGAGAGCCAAUUUCUUACAUUUUUUAUAACAAUGUAAUUUAUAUUGGCAGAUACAAGAUAACUUAUUUUAUUGUUAUCAGAAUGAGUUAACUGGUACGCUGGCGAUGUGUGGAUCGAAUCUUUGUUUUCUUCGUAGAUAUAUAGAUAAGUACCUAUUUUAUUGUGCUAUACUAGAAACAGUUUGUUAAAUCUUAGAUAAUUCCCAAUAGUGCACCCAUAAUAUUAAUUAAAUUGUAUUACGAUUU